CUUUUCUCAACAUAUCUACAGAGAGUAUAGUACCUACAUACACAAGCGCACUUGUACUCAAUUCUAUUACAUCCCGUCGUAGUAGAGAAUUGCUCCUCACUUCCAUUGGACAUACUGCACGAUUGAUGCUAUGUAUCUAUGCAUUUACGCACCGUAUUACUUUCCGUUCAUUACCUUGAUCUAUCUAUGAUUCUGACAUGUUGCAUGUGUUAGUUAUAUGCAGGCAAUGCAGGCAAUGCAGACCAGUACCAGGAGGCGCAGGCAGGCGUGGGAACCGAACAGCGCAAAGAGAAAGUGGGCGAUAAUGGUGCAAUCGCACCGCUUUCAAAGAAUUCUCUAGCCAUGGCGAGAAUAUGUUGUGCUCUUCCAAGCUUUCUAAUUUGUCCCCUUAAGCAUCCCUUAGCAUCAUCCCUUAGUAUCCCUUAAGCAUAAGAACAUGGGUCUGUCGAGUCCCCUCUGCGCAAUGCCUUUAUCGCCCAUAAAACGUCUUUGCUUUCCGCUCGUGUUUCUGAGAAAUUUCCAACUUGAAACCUUUACGAAGGAAGGAUACUUUACGACACAUAAUCGUUCCUUUUGUGGGUACAUGUUGUCCCUCUUCGGGUCGGUCGGAUUGAUACGUUAUAAUGGAAGAGAAAUCUCACCGAGAUUCGAUUGUCGAACAUCCCUUAAACCCUUGAGUGUUGUCGUAACCGAAAGAGAUCAUUACGAAUGUUCCGCGCUUGGUGAGGUAGCAUGUGGGUAGCUGCUAUGUGGCCUGGUGGAGACAUCGAUGCUGGUUGGAAUCGUUGGAUGCAACGAUGUUUCGUAGAUCUCAGCAGGGGAAGUCUCAUAUCCGAGAUUUGAUGCCAAGAUAUCGAACGAUGUUGAAGAAAUAACGAUACCGUGCAAAAUUCAAAUGUAAUAACUUACAUAUCGAUGCAAGCCAUGCUUAACUUCUCACAGACUUUGAAAAUGGUGUGGGGGAAAUUGCCAAUCAGUGAGAUGAGAUAAUCUGCCAAAGUCUUACUCAAAAUUUAAGAGUAAGGGGCUGUGGAGUCCUGAAUUGUUGAAUCAAAAUACAUCUACUUCUUCCAACCUACUGCGCCUGUGAGUCUUCUCCCCAAAAGAGCUCUUGCAGACCAUGUUGUGGUGAGAAUCCUCCGUACAUAAGCUCUAGGUAUCCCAAAACUUGCCUGUCUUAGGUCUUAGGUCGUAUGCCUUUGAAGCCAGCACCAGAUUGUGCACAGCUCUUACAUUCCUGUCUGCAUGUCAAAAACUGCAAUGCUUAUCGGAAAAGGAACGUGGAUAUAACUGCUUGGUCGCCUUCAUGCAAUCAUUUGUUGUCUUUUCCUGAGAUUGCUGCAGACCAGAUGCAUAUUCUGCCAUUUCGAAAGCAAGUCAAAAGAACACAGUAAGAUAAUGGGAUAGUGCUGGAAUGUGAAGAUGUAAAGAUGCACCGAAAUUGACGAGAUCCUUCUCCUUCUCCCAAGAACUCAUCCGUCAAUAGUAGUGGUCCACCUUCCUCGUUGGGUCUCCAUAGGUAGUGCACAAACUGGCACAGGAUACACGUUCUUCGUGGCUCUCACACGCAGAGUAGACACAAAUUAUAAAACACACAGCCUUAUCAAAAAAAGCCGUCUUGGCUUUUAGAUGUGGCUGGCGGAUAGGCUCACGAAUUAUUGGUUGAAUAUUCUCCGUGGAUAGUUUGAGUGCCUAUCUUCUGUCGAAUUUCACGAGAUCAACACGAGGUAGAUGGAAAAUACAUAGUACUGAGUCUUAAGGCCGCGUCGGUCUACUGAUUAAUCACUUCAUCAACGGUGGAGAUCGGAUGUAAAUUCCUUGAUAUCAUCUGAAGACAUUCGAUAUAUAUCCAUAGGUAUGUUACGAGGCAGCUGGUAGGUAAAAGGGUGACAACGGUACUGGUUAUCAGCUAAUAAUAAUACCUGGGUACUCUGCCUUUACUUCAUCAUCUAAUUGAUCAUCAGCCUUGCAUGCACGGCUGUGAAUGUUCGCCUUCCCCACAAAAUUAUUGAAUUGUCAAUGUUCCAAUCACAGCACGAAACCAUUGCAAGAACACCACAUCACCACUCCAAUCCAGUACCGCAACUGCAUUUACAACGGUUGCUCUACCACCUACAGUAAUAGAUUAACUGGUCAGAAUACAACUACAUCACACCCAACCUCUCCUACUUAUGACUACGGAGCUUUAAAACAUAAUAUCAUUUCCAAAAUACAAAAUAAACGACAUCUCAAUACUCCAUCACAUUCGGUAUAACGAACAUUCAACGACAUCAUGGAUCAACUUCCGCCUGAGAUUCUGGACUUGAUCCUUCAAAAGAAUAUCGACAUGUGCCGCGACCAUAAAUCCCAACUUUUGGAUUUGCGAUUAGUAUGUAAAGCGUUCGAUCAAGGCUUAAAACUAUCAAUCUUUAAGACGACCUCGUUGGAAUUCUCGCGAUUCAUCCGAUUUCGAAAUAUCGAUGACAACCCAGAUGAAGUGAAGACGCUCCAAGAUCUAGCUUCAUUAGCAUCCUCCAUCUACAUUGAUAUGAUGAUAACUAGAGAUACAGAUGAGAUUGAUCAGCUUAAAGAGACCUUCAACGCUAUCUAUGCCGGGGUUCCUGAGAUGGCAGACUUGAUUGACUCCCUUCGGUCAUAUUGCCUCAACAAGACAACAUUUACAGAUGAGGAUUACAGUCGUCUAGUUUGCAUAGUCAUGCAGAACGGUCCAGAUAUAACUCGACUCAAGAUUAACCUGCCAUUCCAGGUUAUCAGCAAUGCUUUCAUGACAUCUACAAGAUUGUUCGCGAACACUCUAGCAUGUGCGGCAAAUCGUCCAGAGGAAUAUCAAAAAAUAGAUACAUUGGUUCUAGAUCACAUCACUGAUGUCACGAUCAACAGUCUAUGUAACGUGCACAUCGAUGUCCAAAAUGCUUUCAAAGUUUUUGAAAAUCUGAAAAGCUUAUUGAUAUCAUUCAAGAGACAAGAAAGCAGAACAUCACUACAAACGGUUUUUGCUCGAAAUUUCUGGUUGUUAAUUGGGAAGGCCAAGGAUUUGGAAACCUUGUGUAUAAUUGGAUGGAACGUGGCGCAAACCACCAAACGUGUAAGAAAUAAAAGAGUCGCGUCCAGGAUGACGAACGAACAGUGGACCAUGCGGUGCCUCCCAUACCAUCCUAGCAAAAAACUCGUCCUUAGCAAGCUGAGGUGUUUGGAAUUAAAGCGGAUGGAUCUAGACCCUCUAACGCUGCUACUUUUGAUCAAGGAAACCAGUCAUUCCUUGACAGAAUUAUACUUGAAUGACAUCGGUCUGAAAGUUAAUGGUUCGACCGACCGAGAGAAUACCAGUCUAUGGAUAGGUUACCAAAAUAUCGAGAAGCCUGAUGAAUGCACAUGGGUCGGCCUAGCUAUCCGAGAUAUUGAAUGUCUCAAUCUCAAGAUUCUUCGAGUUAGUAAACUUGGUUAUGAUGAUUACAGUCCAGACCUUGAUUCGGAACAUCCCAAUUAUGAUCUUGACGACCCUACUGGACACAAUAAAUCUUUUGAUCAAAGGUUUGUGGAAGCCGUCAUGGGUACAAAGGCCCCGCUGUCACUCGAGUUGGUAUCCAAUCCGUCUUCUGAAAUGGAGAAUCCACAUGAAAAGGCAACAUGUAUUGAAGUUGACCCGAAUACUUACGAUGCUGAAAUAUAUCAAAAGAGAUACAACACAACAUCGAACUACAAAAAAUCCAUUGAUGGCAUCUUCUACAAUAACAAUGAACGGGCAUUGAGGGAAUUACAAAACAUAGUCAGCGUUGCCGACAGAGGCAUGGCAUUACUUACUAGAGAAGUGGAAAGAGGCACUAAUUUGACUGCUGAUCCAAUUUCUGGCGCAAUUGUUGAUCCACCAUUUGGUGCCUGAAUAGUCUGACAAUAAGCUGGAGCCCCUCAAUCAUGACUAUAUGAGACCACAUCUCGACGAUAUGAGGAUGUUUAUAUUGCACUUUGAGAUAAUUAUUGCUCUAUUUAUGACCUUGCUAUUUAGGGACAGCAAAAUUUACUUGUACGCAAUUUUCAAAUGCUAAUUGGAGACAUACUAAUCUCUAACUUGAGAUUCUCCGUUUCAUUACAUGAACUGGGGACAUGAUCAAAACAAAUACUGGAACCUUCAAACCAAGAAGGAUUAUCUUUAACUAGGUACAAAUGCCAUCAAGUCAGGUGAUGACAGGAGUGUAGAUGGUUUCGUCGCAACUUUUAAGUUAAGCGCCUAGUCUGGGACACCAACAGGUGGCAGAUUAAUCGAACACCCACUCCUGCCCCAAAAGUUAGUUUCAUUUCUUAUACUAUUGGUCAGAUCAGUCUUCGACAAUGUACUUUCUGCCUUACGCAAGUUCCAACAAUCGUCUUCGUGGCAACACAAAUUGCGAUCAUGCAAAUAUCCUAGCUUGCUCUCGUUCCCAUUUUCACACAUGAUAUUAGCUACUCAGGUAUAGCGGGUAGAUUUUAUCUUGUCGCUAAAUGCACCAGUUGCUUAAAGUGAUAUAGGAUUUACUUUUUCUAAAAUCUUUAAUCUGGUAGAAUCUGCCUGCUUACAUGUCUUCGCAGGACUGCGAAAUGGCUAUCUUAGAUUUUUGAGGCCCAUCAUACGGUUUGGCGGAGCAAGACGGUGCUCGCAGGCUUGGCCUGUUGGGUUAGAGGGAUAGAAGGUCCAUAGCAGAUAGAGGAAUGAUUAUACUUAAUGACCUCUGGUCCACACU